AUGGAAAUAUGGUUUCAUUUUUCAUUCCAACAUAAUAAUUUCCUUUUUUUUUAUUUGAAUAAUGCAGAAUUGGUGAGAGAAGCGUUUCAAGAAGCAUUCGAGACGAUUAAACGGUUACAAUAUAAAGCUUGGUGUAAGGCUAAUGAAGAAGAUAAGAAAACUAUUGAAAUAGAUCCAUUCCUUAUCACGCGUAAAGCCGUAAAGAAUUGUACACCAUUAUUGAAACUAUGUCCUGUUACUCGAGGUGGAGUAACAUACCAAGUGCCAUCCCCAUUAUCUGAAAAAGAGGCUGAAUUUCGUGCAAUUCAGACGAUGCGGAAUAUUAUACGAUCAAAAUGUCGGCGUGGCGCCGAUCACUUCCCAAAACUUUUGGCUGCAGAAAUCCUUGCGGCUUAUAAUAAUGAAGGUUUUACGAUUCAAGCUAAACAAGAACAUCACAAGUUAUGCGAAGCAAAUCGAGCAUAUGCACAUUAUCAUCAAAAGAUGAGUAGUACAAUAUUAAGCGACUUCGAGCAGCAAUAUUCGGUACAAACUGCUGAAAUAACAGCUCGUAUCGGCCGUUUGCAACAUUUGAACAAAACUGAGCAAAUCACUGGCAUAAAAGAUGUGCAAUGUCUUCUUAUGGAAGUUGAAAAUCUUCUCGAACAAAUGGAAAUUGCUGUUCAUGAACUGGAUCCGUCAAGGUUUCAUAUGAUGCCAUCCCCAUUAUCUGAAAAAGAGGCUGAAUUUCGUGCAAUUCAGACGAUGUGGAAUAUUAUACGAUCAAAAUGUCGGCGUGGCGCCGAUCACUUCCCAAAACUUUUGGCUGCAGAAAUCCUUGCGGCUUAUAAUAAUGAAGGUUUUACGAUUCAAGCUAAACAAGAACAUCACAAUGUUGAGCGGUCGAAAUAUGAUUUAAGAGUUAAAAGUUAUCGAAAUGAUAAAAAGCAGCUUGAUGCUGAAUUAAAUAAAGCUGUGCAAAGGUUGCGCAAUACUGUAGAUCGAGAUGAACUGUUGGCUUAUGAUAGUGAAAUCACAUUAAAUCAGGUAAGCAAUUUUUCGAUUAAAUUUAAGCAAGAUCAUUUGAUUGAAAAUACAGAGCGUUUGGAACGAACGUCUCGACGGCUUCAAGAUACUUAUAGACUAGUUCUGGAAACUGAACAGAUUGGAACCGAAGUAUUAGAAGAUUUGAAUUCACAACGAGAAACUUUAUCAAGAUCUCGAGAUCGAAUGCGUCAAGCAAAUACUGAUAUUGGUCGCAGUCAAAAAGUCUUGUCGCAAAUGAUUCGGAGGUUAAUUCAAAAUCGAUUAUUGCUUUUAAUAAUUGCUAUAUUCCUUCUAUUCUCACUUGUCUUUCUGAUUUAUAAGUCGCUGUAA